CAAAAUUGUCUUCUUUUUGUCCACUGUUGCCAAGUCAAGAAAACAAUAAGAAAUUUUAAAUUAGUCUAGUCUAGACCCAAUGUAGACUAGAAUCUAGAUUAGAUCUAUAAUAGACUCUAGAUAUUUAAAAAAAAUCAUUUUAGAAUUUGGACUCUGCUAAUCCCGGUGAAAUGGAUAGUAGCUUAUUAGAUGCUGAAGAAAAAGACAACACUUUGACUUUACAAAAUGAAUUUCUUAGGCAUUUAUUACUUACCCAGGAUAGUAUGAAGCAAGAGAGAAGUGCUGGAGGUCAAGAAGGGAUCCCUACAGUUGUGAUCAAACCUUGUCCUGGAAUGUGCAUGAAAACAAGAACUGUUAAUGGAGAGAAAGUAUUUAUAAAUAUUUGCUAUUCAGAAAAUGUUCCAGAACCUAAAGAUUUAACAGAUGAUGAACUUUUAAAGGUUUUAGAAUCUGAAGAUCCAACCAAAUUUAGAAUACCCAUGUCCAUUGGAGAGCCUCAUGCAGAGUUAGACAAAUCUGGUGGAGGUUGUACUGUAUAUGAUGUUGUGAUCAACCCAAAUUUUUUAAACAAGAUAAAUACAAGUGAACUAUUCAAAACAUUUUUCCUGACAAUAAUGUGUGAAGGAAUAGAAAGCAAAUAUGAUGUGCUUCUCAAGAGAGACUGGAUAUUUUUGAAAAAUAGAAAAAGUCUUGGGAAACUGGCAGAACAACAUAUUCGAACCAAGUCAACACCACUGAUUGUGGAUAUGGAGUCCACUAACCAACUUCCUGCUGAACAGCCUGAAAAGAGAAAUCUGAUUGAAGAAAUACAAAAACAAGAUGAAGAACUCAAUAAAAAGGCUCCAGAACCUAUCUUUAGUAUUAUACAAGAACCUGUGGAAGGUUAUCCAGAGUACUUAGUAGCGGAAAUUUCUUUACCUGAAAUUAAAACUGCCCAGUCUGUGACACUAAAACUAGGAGAAGACAGAUUACUUCUGACAACCAGAUCUCAUGUUUAUUAUAUGGAUAUUUUUCUGCCUUAUGAUUUAGUACAAGAUGAUUGUGGUGCACAGUUUGACAAAGAAUCAAAGGUGCUUACUGUGACUAUGCCUGUCAAGCCCAAAGAAAUUGUGCAGCAGAUUUGAAGAACAAUAAAACAUACACUGUAAAUAAUCACUAUUAUUUGGAAAUAAAACUUCUGCCUAAAUGCUUUUUUUUUUUAAAUUUAAGUACAAAAAAUGUCUUGUUAAAAUGUGGGCUACAAAAAAACUAAUAAAGUGAUCAGCAUGGAGAUCCUACCCCAGGGACAUCAGCUUUGUACUAAGUACUCUAUUUUCUAUUUUAUUAUUGUUUUUUUUUAACUAAAUGUAAAACAAUACUCUUGAAAUAGUUUGAACAAUUCAUACAUAAGAUAAUUUUUAUUGGUCCAAACAUGGAAAUUCAGUUAAACUACAAUUGACCACCUCAGUGUAACUUGUAUAAAAAUAACAAUAUAGAUGCAAUUACAAACAACAUUCAAGUUUUCAAGAAAUUGUAGCUGCGUUUGAGUUAUACGAUGCUUUCUAAUUAGUCUGUUUAUUCUAUGUCUUUGUGCCAGUGAAGUAUUACCAUACCAGCAGGUGAUGGCAAAGUUAAUUAGACUGCUGUAUAAUUAGUUUAAUUAUUGUUUUGUCGAUUUUAAAUUUUCUUAGCUUUCCAAGAUAGAAGAGUCGUUAAUGAAUUUUGGUGUAAAGGUUUUGACAGUGUUUACUUCAUAUUAGUUUGUUGUUGAUGUCUGUACCUAGGUAUUUAUAUUCUUGCACUUGGUCUAUGGUUUGGUUGUUUAUCUGAAUUUCAGCAAGAUGGUCUUUAUGUUUUUUAAAAUCACAAGCAGUCAUGUUUUAAAAUUUUAUUCGGCGUUCACUUUAUAUUUCAAUCAAGAAAAACAGCUGUCAGCAGAGAUGCAGCAAUAAAGUAGGCUCAACAUUUUACAAAUUUCACAUGACUUGACUUCUGAUUAUUGAAGUCAACCUACAUCUUGACAUUAACACAUCAAAACUAUUUAAUUAUAUAAUAUGAUCAUUACUCAAUUGUGAAUUUGUUUCAGUAAAGUUUGACAUAAAUAUGUAGUUUACAAUUUUUAUUUUAGACAGGAGUUUUCCUUCAAGAAUAAGAAAAAAAAGCUUUUGAAUGGAAAAAUUAUAUAUUUUUUUAUAAUCAUUGGCUUUCUAUUUGCAUUUUAAGGAAAUUCAAAUUCUGUGUGCAUGUAAAAAAAAAAGUGCUGGUAAAAAUAAAGAAUGAAAAUGGGUGUGUACAAGAGUGCAUUAUUGUUUACAGUUUCAGUUGCUGGGUACAAUACCAUUUUACAUUUAAUAAUAAUGAUUGCAAUUUUAAAUCAUAAAACAUCUUUCUAAUUUAGUACCAAUCAAAAUAAUAAAGCAAUGAAUAAAGUAUUGACAGUUUCUA